AUGACAAAAUUGGUAGUAUAUCUUGCUUUUAUCAUCUUUUGUGGUAAUCAGGGACAAAACGUACGACGAGCAGCAGCAGGAGGAGUAGGCGCUAAAAUUGUCACAGAUUAUAAAGCUGACAAGUUAUGGGAUGAUGAUUUAUUAAUGGAGACAACGCAAGUACAAGAAUCAAUAAUGACGAAUUGUGACACAAUGAAAGAUGGAAGAUUAUUUAUUUUGGAUGAAAAACCGUUGUUAUUGAUAACAAAUAGUGUUAAUUUGAUGAAUUUAUAA